GAGGGACACUUAGUCGAAGAAUAAUGUGCAGCAUAAUAAAAUGUAUGAAGUAGGAUUGCCAUUCAGUUAGCGGACAGUGAACAGUUGCGGGUUCGCGUUCGGCAUAAUGGUGCAUUAUUAUUGCGCGCCAUCGCCAGUUACUACGACCACCAUUCAUUUUUCGAGUUCUUCGAUUUCGAUCUAAAUCUCGUCCGUGGCCGUGCCUGUGUGUCUUCUUCCUUCGUUCCGAGUCUCUCUCGAGAAACCGACGACGACGACGACGACUUCGAGAGACCAUCUCUAGUCGGCUGUGAAACUGAGUUACAAAGUGGGAAAUGAUGCACGCGACCAAAAUCACCAUAGUCAUUCAGUAAUAUGGCACCAAUUCCGCAGAUAUGCACCUUACAGGACCGCUACAAACGGCAAUAAUAAUCAUUUACGUAAUUCUUAUGAUAUCGAAAACUUUACAUUCUGCUGAAAAUCUGAACAAAGUCAUGUCGACCAGAGCUAUCACCAAUGCAACCACGCUUAAGAAGACAACAGUCACCCCUAAGGUUGAAGCAAAACAUCGUUCAACCCAUCAUAAACUUCAACCGACAAUUGUAGUAAUGAAACGAAUAUUCAUGCAUCUUCGGGCAGCCCGAAAAGAUAUAAAAAAACAAACUCCCGUUUUACAAGACUUUUACGCAAAGGUACGAACACCGCUUAAAGGCGUAUUCCGUUACGAAUGGUUACCUAAGGACCACUUACACUGGUUCGAACAUAAAGUUAGACAUUUUGAUAAAUAUAAAAAGGCAGCCAUACUUCUUCCAGUACUGCACGAAUCCUUAAAAACCUUUUUAUCGACGUUCGAAGAAAUGCUGACAUUUGACGCCGAAGGUCAACACGUAGUUUCAGCAGCAGUAUACAAAAAUCGUACAAAAAUACUAAAAAAGAUCCACGAUGGCUUAAAAGUAGCAUAUAUCGAAGUCGAUACAGACAUUUCCAAGUUGAACCUGACCACCGAAACGACGGUGAAUUUGACGCGAGUCGAAAGAGGCAACAAUUGGGAUCCGAAACCCGAUCAUACGACUGCGAUGGUUCAAGAUUGGGGUGUAAUCACCGCCUAUUAUGUUUUCCUAAAAGAUUGGGUAUCAAUUUCCAGACACAUGUACGAGGAAUACUGUAAAGUUAAGAAAAACACUCAUCGUUGCCACGCCAUUCUAAAUGCAACGUCGUCGUCGGUAAGGUAGAGGGGGAGAAAUUUUCUUGCCAAAAACUUUGAAGUUCGCUGUGAUUUUUUUGUUUCAUUUUUUAAUUAUGUACGUACUAGAUGGCUUACGAGCAUCCUGAAAAUAUUAGGAAAUACUAUUAUUGAUAACGAUAUAAGUUGAAAAAAAUUGUUUUUUUAUUUUGAAUAGGUAGGUGUAUACUAGUAAAAUAUUAUUAGUAAAUCUUAAUUCAGAAUCGUU